AUGAGCAGCAUGGCCAGCGUGGGGAGGCCCAAAGCAGUGUCUCAUUGUGUCGUUGGGAAGGAGAGGACAUGGUCUCGUGACAACGACAGGCUGAAAACAGUGUCUCCUUGCAUCAAAGGAAAACCCAGAGCUGUCUCUCCAGGCAUGAUAGGGGAGCAGAGGGCAGUGCCUCCUUGGAGGCCAGAGUCGAUGUCUCCGGGUGUGAUAGGAAGAGAUAGGGCAUGGUCCCUUGGUGUGCUCCAGACCACCAGCGGCUACAGCAGUGUGACCCCAUGCCAGACCACUACUAAGACUCUCCGAGUGACGGACAUCUUGGACUCCAAACCAGAGCCAACCAAGGCCCCUGUCAAGAUCCGGCCCCCCAGCCCACGCCCCCCACCCCCCAAGGAGCCCAUUUUCAGUCGCAACCUGUCCAGUGACCCUCCCGUCCAGCCCAUCAUAAGACGUAGGGCCCAGUCUUUGCCCUCGGUCCACGAGAGAAUUAGAGACCGCCAGGUACGCUUCGUGGACUCCUUGGGGCUGGAGCUGGAGGAAGUCAAGGUGUUCAGCAACGGAGAGGAGCCUCGGAUUCCCGCCCACGUCUUCUCCAGACUUCUCAUGAGCGCUGAGAUGAACUCAGGGCGGUCCCUGGAGCUUUCCUUGCCUUAUUUCAAACCUUGUUUUCCCGAAAACAAGGGCUCCCAGCCGGGAUUCGUUAAGCGUCUGGUGGAGCAGGUCGUCUCUCUGGACCAGGUCUUGUGUUCUGAGCUGGGCAUCAUCGGCAAGGUGCAGGUCCUCAACCUGGCCUUCAACAAGGAGGUGACGAUCCACUACUCCUUCACCAACUGGAGGAGCAGUGCUGAGACCAGAGCCUGCUGGGUGGCUACCCUCCACAGGGAUCAGAUGGAGGGACCAGAGUCGGAUGUUUUCCGGUUCCGUCUGCCCGUCCCGCCCUUCAUCCUGCUGCCUGGAGCCCAGCUGGAGUUCGCUGUGUGUUACAGAGUGACGGGAGCUGAGUACUGGGACAACAACGAUGGGAACAACUACAAACUGUCCUGUCACAGCUACACACUCACUGUGCCCCGGGAAUGUGAGAACAGCAUGGUGCACUACACCUGA